AUGUCCUUCGGUCUCGGAAUAGGUGAUUUCAUCGCUGUGGGGGAGAUUUGCUGGAAACUCUACUCGCAAGUCUAUAAAGUUUCUAGGGAUGCGCCCGAAGAGCUUCGUGGACUCAACCAAGAGCUGGGAAACCUCCACAACACCAUCCAGCUGCUUGUCGAAGAACUCAGGGACGAAGACUCAGUGUUAAAACGCUCCGGAGAUGUUCGGAUUCACCUUGUUAAUCGCGUCAUAUCGCAAGCAGAAGAAACACUCAAAAAGAUGCAGCAGCUAUCCAAGCGUUAUGCAGAGCUCCAAACGCCAACUAAGGGGCAAGGAAAGCGACUCAACCCGCGCAUUUAUUGGGAUCGAUUAAAGUACUCACAGGAGCUUCACACCAUCAACGAUCUACGCGCCAAAGUGAGAUAG